AUGCACACAGCACACGCAAGUUAAUUUGUGCUUGCUGGUAAAAAUGGGGAAUCAAGAAUCUGUCAUAUGAUGUUUGCGUGAUUGAAGAGACUGGUAGUAUAUUUCGUUGCCAAACACUGCCUUGACUUUUCAGCUUUCUCUGCAUUUUCAAGGGAAUUUUGUAGGCUUGUAAAUAUCAGCAGUUCUUACAGCUUGCUUCAUCAGUUUCUGAUUAUGAGUAGUGAAUUAGGCCGUAUAUGCCAGGUGGAAACAAGGAGAUGGCUUUGGUUGAUUGGCCUAGUUUUUGCCUUUGUGUUAAUGGCUCAGUAUGUGGAACUUCCAUAUGGUAAUAUUAUAUCGUCUGUACUUCCCGACGGUAGGACUCAAGUAUCUGAAAAGAGCAGUCCCCUGCCUGCUAAUCUAUCUAGUGACACUAGCAAGUCUGGCAACACUGCAGAUCUUGAUAACCUGAACUCUACUCGGACACCAUUGUCCAAUGUGCAAACUGAUACUGCUAAAAGUAAUGAGGUAAAGAAUUUGACCCAAGAAAGUGACUCUUCCUUGGUAUCCAAUUCUGCAUCAGAUAAUCCUUCACUGACUACUAAACCAGAAGAUAAUGUUGUCCUGACACAAGAGAAUGAGAUUUUAGGUGACAUUCCUAUGUCCCCUUCAUCUGCAUCACCUGUAAUGUCUCCAACAGGUGUGAACUUGACGACGAGUGCUGUUAUAUCUAGUGGUCCAAGCAUAUCACCAGUGAGCAAUGAGGCACAGGAAAAAGUUCACAACACUGAUGGACCUGGUACUUCAGAAAGCAUUAAUAACUCUUCUGUGAAGAAAAGGCCGAAGAGUCAAGAAGUUCCUGUUUUAUCUGUAUCUGAGAUGAAUGAUAUGUUGAAAAAAAUUCGUGCUUCAUCCAGUUCAACGGUACCAAGAUGGUCAUCAGCAGUUGAUCAGAGACUACUUGAUGCAAAAUCACAGAUUGAGAGUGCUCCCAUCAAUAAGAAUGACCAAGGCCUAUAUUCCCCUCUUUACCGGAAUGCAUCUAUGUUUCGGAGGAGCUAUGAAUUAAUGGAACAGACUCUGAAAGUAUACAUCUACAAGGAAGGCAAAAAACCAAUUUUCCAUCAUCCACCGCCAGUACUCGCUGGAAUAUACGCUUCUGAGGGAUGGUUUAUGAAGCUACUGCAGGAAAAUAAGCAAUAUGUUACUAAAAACCCAAAAGAAGCACACCUCUUUUACUUGCCUUUCAGUUCACGUACUCUAGAAGAAGCUUUGUACGUUCCUGAUUCUCACAGUCGCACAAACUUGAUCAAAUACUUGGACAAGUACCUUGACCUGAUUGUCGCGAAGUACCCCUUCUGGAACAGAACUGGUGGAACUGAUCACUUUUUUGUUGCCUGCCAUGACUGGGCGCCAGCUGAAACACGGAUACGUUUCAACAAUUGCAUUAAAGCUCUGUGCAAUGCCGAUAUCAAAGAAGGCUUUAGAUUGGGAAAGGAUGUGUCUCUUCCAGAAACAAUGGUUCGUUCAAAGAAGAAUCCCUUAAGAGACCUUGGAGGCAAUGCUCCUCGCCAACGACCCAUACUUGCCUUCUUUGCCGGCCAGAUGCAUGGAUAUCUCCGUCCCCUGUUAUUACAACAAUGGCAAGACAAAGACCCCGACAUCAAGAUCUUCAAAAAACUGCCCAAGUCCAAGAAAAACAGAGUCUACACCGAGUACAUGAAAAGUAGCAAGUACUGUUUAUGUCCAAAAGGCUAUGAAGUCAACAGUCCUAGAGUAGUGGAAGCAAUCUACUUCGAAUGUGUGCCUGUAAUAAUAUCCGAUAACUUUGUGCCACCAUUCUUCGAAAUUUUGAACUGGGAGUCAUUCGCUGUUUUCAUACAAGAGAAGGAUCUUCCAAAUCUGAAGAACAUUCUUCUCUCGAUCUCAGACAGAAGAUAUCAAAUACUGCAACAGAGAGUGAAGCAGGUACAACAACAUUUUCUUUGGCAUUCCCAGCCUAUAAAAUACGACAUAUUUCAUAUGAUACUCCACUCUGUGUGGUACAAUAGAGUUUUUCAGGGAUAGAUGUGCAUGAAUAUUUCAUGUACAAUAUGUGUUUUUUAGGAUGUGAUGAAGUAGAUGACAGAAGGGUUUACAAUCAAAUAUCAAUAGAAAGGUACAAAUUUGUGUUUUUGUUGUUUUGUUUAA